CAGAAAUAGACAUUCGGAAGCGUUUAUUGUUUUUCCAAGACUGUAAACAAGAAAUAAAGCGUUUUAUAAUUGAAAUAUUCGACCUUUUUCAGAAAAUAUAUACGAAUUGUAAAUCAUUAAUCUUACUGUUUUUAUUGUUAUAAAUCUGGGUUUAAAUGGCUGAGAUAGCAAAGUUGCUUCCUAGAAUAAAAUUUAGCGUUAAAAAACGUCAUGUUAAUUUAAAAAAUGUUCAGGAUGAAGGACCUUACGGAAGAGUAAAAAAGAUCAGGACAGUGCUUUCUGCAUUAUUUAAGUACGAAAGAAUAGAAUUGUUUAUGCCGAAAUGUAAUGAAGUACGAGGUUAUGCAGAACGGCUAAUAACUGAAGCUGUGAGAAAUGGUGACAAGCAUGGUCCUACAAUGGAAAUGGCAAAUUUUUGGCUUGAGGACAAACAAAUGGUUCACAAAUUGUUCAAAGUUUUAGCUCCUCGUUAUCAAAACUGUCAAGGUCCUUGCACCGCAAAACACCUUCUUCCAGACAAGUGUCACUUAGCUUAUGAAAAGAAAGCUGCUCGCUUUCUACCUCUGUGCAUAUUAGAAUUGAAAGACAAUCCAUACCCUCCAGUGCCUCAAAAACCUAAACCAACAGGAGCAUCUUUAACUAAUAUUUUGCUAAAGGAAGCUAGUAAAGAAUUUAGAAAAAUGAAACUAGAAUCAGGAAAUAAAGAAAAAAAGCAAUAACAGCAGUUAAACUUUAUUCAUGAUUUAUUUCCAAUAGAUAUUGUUUGUGACUUGAAAUGUUUUUUUCUUUAUAUUGUUAAUAAAUUUAGUUGAAAAUA